AUGCGGGUCCACCGGAGUCUAUUGGUAAUACUUUUAAUUAAUAUUUUUAGCAUUGUACUUCAAACACUGUCGGUCAUUGCCUUAGUCUCAAGUAAGGCGAUUUUAGAUCAGCAUUCUUCUCCCACACAGCAGAAUAGCGCAGAUGUUUUACAAAAACGAAUUGACUUUGGAAAUGAUGCUCACAUUGACAUCAUAGAUGAGCAUCAUCAUCACCAUCAUCACGAACAUGAACAUGAUCCGGGAUUUUGGAAAAAAAAAGUUACUUGGAAAGAAGGUUGGAAAAAAAUUUGGAAACCAGCUAAAAAGCAGAUUUGGGUUCCAAAAUGGAAGCAAAUAUGGAAACCCAUUUGGGUACCAAUAAAAGUACCUGCUUGGAAAGAUAUAAAAGUUCCUGCAUGGAAACAACAAUGGAAACCAGUAUGGAAAGAAAUUCAAGUACCUGCCUGGAAAGAAAUCCAAGUCCCUGCCUACAAAAAAAUUUGGAAACCUAUAUGGGUGCCAACAAAAGUGCCUGCCUGGAAAGAAAUACAGGUUCCUGAUUGGAAACAAAUUUGGGUUCCAGUAUGGAAAGACAUACAGGUUCCUGCUUGGAAGGAGAUACAAGUGCCUGAAUGGAAGCAAUAUUGGACUCCAGAAUGGAUUAAGGUUGGUAUACCAGGUGAAAAAUAUUUGGGAAAAGAUCACGAAGGCUGGGAAUACACAAGUCACGAUUUGUGGAAGAAAAAACUAAUAUGGAAAUCUCAUUGGAAAAAAAUUUGGAAACCAGCCAAAAAGCAAAUAUGGGUGCCAAGUAAAAAACUUGCUUGGAAAGAAGCUUGGAAAAAGAUUUGGAAACCAGCGAAAAAACAAAUUUGGGUUGAUGACAAGAAACUUGAAUGGAAGGAAGAUUACAAACAAAUCUGGAAACCAGCAAAGAAACUUAUUUGGGUUCCAGAUAAAAAACUGGAAUGGAAAGAAGAUUGGGUGCAAAUAUGGAAGCCUUCUAAGAAGCAAAUUUGGGUUGAUGAUAAGAAAUUGCAAUGGAAGGAAGGUUGGAAACAAAUCUGGGUACCCGGAUACAAGGACAUAUGGGUCCCUGCAUGGAAGAAAAUUUGGAAGCCUGUCAUUAUUUCAGAAUGGUUCCCAACACCCGAUCACCAUCAUCAUCAUGAGGAACAUGGUUGGGAUCGCAGUGGUAAUGCGAAAGAUAGAGUAGUAUGGAAACGAGAUGACAAAUCUGUAUCAGAAACAAAGACAACACAACUUAAACAAGUUGAGCCUACGGACCAAAAAGCGAUAAAUUAUCUCCAAGUACCAGAUACUCAUAACCAAAAACUUCAGUUUCCUACAACGUAAAUAAAUAUUUAUUUUAUAUAAAAUGCCAUCAAUUUUUAGUUCUGUAAUACCUUAUGUCUGCCAACCCCUUGUA